AUGAGUACUUCGAUAGUUAUAAGACGAUUGUUGAUUUGUCUGGUGAUAUUCAUACCACCAUGUUGCAUAGGCGAUAGGCCUACUUUUUGGCACACAUAUCUAAAGACUUCCCAAUUAGACGAAGCAAUCAAAACAGCCAUUGACAAAAUUGAAAGCAGAUAUCGUUCAGAGGAUAUUAUAAUAUCAAAUGUUAGUCGUUUGAUAACGGGAAGCCCGGCUCAUGGACAACUGAUCAAUUCUAUGCCUUCCAAAAACGGACAUUCAGCAUCUCGAAAUGCUGAAAUUUUAAUUGAAGCUUCAUUACAUUUGAUUGAUAGUUACGGGUAUGAAUAUGGGUAUUCUGAUACUAGACAAAAUGGUAUAGAUUUAAGUACAGUGAAGCUGAAUGGGACAAUAUUCGGUGAGAUGUGUAUGUCCGAGUAUAACAACAGAAAUUUGUGCACCGGGAAAGACUUAAAUUAUCGUAGUGCUGAUGGAUCUUGUAACAACCUGGAACGUAAUUAUUUGGGAAAGGCAAACACGGCUUAUAAACGUUUACUCUUUCCAGAGUACACAGAUGGUAUUUCCGAAAUGCCAAAUUUUUACGAAAAAAAGCUGCCUGAUCCUAGAUUAGUGAGCACAAAUUUUGUAAAAAACGAGGACUCACCUGACCUCACAAAAACUAUGUUGAUGGCAUACUGGGCGAUGUUCAUAGGCCACGAUCUAUCACACACUGCGGUUUCUACAAUGGGGACAGACCAUAGAUUUGAGAGUUGUUGUGAUAAGGACAAAAAUAUUCAAUAUGCUAUGAUGAAACACAUAAAGUCCUGCAAGCCCAUAUAUGUACCAGCUGAAGAUAGCUUAUGUAAACCUGAUCCGCUUAGUUGCAUGAAGUGCAUGAACUACGUCCGUUCACGGCCAGCUAUGCGUCCUGAUUGUACAUUUGGACCCAGGGAACAAAUGAACCAAGCUACCCAUUAUUUAGACGCAUCGAUGAUAUACGGCACGUCGGAACAACAGACAUUGUCGUUGAGACAAAUGUCGUUGGGCCUACUUUUGGUAGACGAUAGAUUUUUCUAUCUUAAUACCUUGCCGCUGGAAACCACCGAUACGAACUUUUGUCAGAACGGCCCAGGCACGUGCUAUAGGGCUGGUGACAUUCGAGCAAACGCGUAUCCACAACUGAAUGCCUUGUACGCAAUGUGGGUAUUGGAACACAACCGGAUAGCCCGAGAAGUGUAUAAAGAAAAUCUCUUCUUGUCUGACGAAGAAAUUUUCCGGGAGGCCAAGAAAAUCGUGACGGCUUUCAUACAGCACAUCACUUACAACGAAUGGCUGCCGGCACUGCUUGGCGUUAACUACACCAAGGAAAACGGUUUGGGACUGGGACAAAGAACCGUGUAUGACGUGACUGCCGAUCCGACCGUUAGCAACAGCUUCGCGACCGCGAUACUGCCUUUCGCCAAUUCCAUGAUUGGCGAUAAAAUUAGUGUUGGUUUCUAUGGAGCAUUUGAACCGGUUAAUGUUCCAGUAAUAGUAAGUGAAUGGAAUUUAAAGGAAAAUUACAAUAAACCGAGUAAUUUAAUGAAAGAUUUCUGGAAUCGUAUGCUAACAGGACUAUAUGUGCAAGCUACACAAAAAAUCGAUAUGGUGUUUACUGAAAUGCUUACAAAUUACCUAUAUGUUAUGGACCAAAAUUAUUAUUCGUUUGGCAUGGACAUCGUCAGUUUGGAUAUACAGCGAAGCCGCGAUCACGGUAUUCCAAGCUACACACAAUUUAGAAAAUACUGUGGACUAAAAGACAUAGAAAAUGUGCAAGAUUUGUCUGAGAUCAUGGUGGAAGGUUCAGCUGAUAAAUUAUUGAAGCUAUACAAAACUUGGAACGAUAUAGAUCUAUUGGUUGGUGCAUUGUUGGAGAAACACGUUGACGACGCCAUGGUUGGCCCUACGAUGAGGUGCCUCAUCAGGGAACAAUUUGUAAGAACUAGAAUUGCAGAUAGAUAUUUUUAUGAUGUACCAGGAGUAUUCACUGAUUAUCAACUGGAGAUUAUCAAGCGCGUGACGCUUUCCAGAGUUUUAUGUGAUAUCGGGGAAGUCGAAAAGAUUCCACUACAAGCCUUUUUGAGACCGGCGGAUCAUCCUAAAUUUGUUCGUAAUUGUGAUAGUGAAGUUCCGAAAUACAACUUAAGUGGUUGGUUCGAUAAAACCAGAGACAAUUUUUUUGGGAUAAAUAACUCUAAAAAUUAA